GAGAGAGAGAGAGAGAGAGAGACAGAGAGACAGAGAGAGAGACAGAGAGAGAGAGAGAGAGAGACAGAGAGAGAGGAAAACACGGACAUAGAAGUUGUAGAACAAGGAAGACCGCAAAAAAAAUUGGCUAAAAUUGAAGUCACAAGUUGUCAUGUCACAAUAGGCUCCUUAUGGCCGAGGGAAGUGUCCUCAUGACAGUGCUACCUUGUUGCUGUCCGGGUCUCACUCUCUGCAGCUCAAUUGAAAAGUCAACUUUAGUCGCGCGACUUUGUUCUAAUGGGUUCAUCCGAGUUGUUGGUGAGUCCGUGAGAGAGUCGCAGCUCAACAUUACCAAGUACGUUUUUAAAAUGCACGCGUGCUGGGACCAGUAACAACAACAACACACCAUGGCGGACAGAAGGACCUGCAACGUGCUGAUUUUGGGUGUCGGGUUUUUGUUCAUUUUCACCGCCUUCACCACCUGUGGGAACGUUGCGCAAACUGUAGUGAAAAGCCUGCAGAAUGAUACCUUCAGUGGGAGCGGGUACCACAGUCUCGGAAUCAUCUAUGGCGUCUUUUCAUUUGCCAAUUUACUGGCGCCGACAGUCGUUGCGGUCGUUGGACCAAAGAUCACCAUGUUUCUGAGCGGCCUACUCUACAGUGGGUACAUCGCCGUGUUCAUCGUCCCUUCAACGUGGUCCUUUUACUUGACCUCUGUGCUCAUCGGCAUUGGAGCAGCCAUGCUCUGGACCGCUCAAGGACACUUCCUGGUGGAGAACUCAGACGCUUCCACCAUCAACAGGAACACCGGGAUGUUCUGGGCUCUCCUGCAGUGCAGCAUGCUAUUUGGCAAUCUUUACAUUUAUUUCGACUGGAAUGGAAGGACAGAGAUAUCAGACAGCAGCAGGAGAAACAUUUUUCUGUCCCUGCUGGUCGCCUCCAUCCUCGGCACGCUCAGCUUCCUCCUGUUGAGGAAGAGCCGCGACGAAGAGGAGCUGCUCUCUGAAGAGGAAGGGCAGUCGCUGCUCUCGCCCGGCGUGACGUAUGAGAGCAGAGCGAGCACUGCACUGCAGGAGGCCAAGUCCGAAUUCAAGACAAUCCUCCAGCUCCUGAAGACCAAAACAAUCCUGUUGCUGAGUCCCUGCAUGGCCUACAGCGGCCUGGAGCUGUCGUUCUACAGCGGCGUGUACGGGACGUGCGUCGGAGCCACCGCUCAGUUUGGAGAUUCGGCGAAAGGCUUGAUCGGGAUCUCUGGGAUCGUGGUCGGCAUCGGAGAAAUUGUGGGGGGAGGCUUGUUUGGGCUGUUGUGCCAGAACAACCGCUUCAGACGGACCUCCGUGGUGUUUCUGGGAAUGGUCGUCCACUUCGUCGCCAUCUAUUUGAUCUUCCUCAACAUCCCGGACGACGCCCCCGUCGUCUUUAACACCAGCACCCAAAGCCAACCCUUUCUAACUCCCAGCGUGUCCAUCGCCCUGCUGUGCAGCUUCCUGCUCGGACUCGGGGACAGUUGCUUCAACACGCAGCUCUACAGCAUAUUAGGCUGUGUUUAUGCUGAACACAGCACGCCCGCCUUCGCCAUCUUCAAAUUCAUCCAGUCUGUCUUCGCAGCGGCGGCGUUCUUCUACAGCGGCGCCCUGCUGCUGAAGUGGCAGCUCCUCGUGAUGGUCCUCCUGGGCUUCGCCGGGACGCUGUGCUUCUUCGUGGUGGAGCGGAUGCAGAGCUUCUCUGUAGAUUUGCAGGACUAUUAGAAGGAAGAUGAUUGCUUUGUGGGAGGAGCUUCUAUAUUAAAACACUUUGUAAGGGUCGUAGGCAUUCAAAAUAGUAAAAAUAGAUUAUUGUAACAACUGAAACGUUUUGAUUGCACCUUGCACGGUCUGUACUAAUAACCCGACACUACAUCAUUAAUCUUGAUUUUUACAUCUUACUGUAGGAUUUUUUAAAUAACCACUUGCCUUAUAUCGUAAUUAAUUGCAUUGCUUCCAGCUCAGGUUUGUUAUUAAAAGGCAGUGUCAUGGGAAAAUAUUGUAUGUCGAAAACCAAUAUUUUUUUUUAAGCUGUUCAUAGUUUUCCAGAAUGAUUGACAGUUUGACAAAAAUAGAUGAGAGAAAUAUUACGUGAUUAAUGCCUGACAAUCAUUGUUCUUAACCUUUUUGUGUGUGUAGAUUCUACAUGUUUUCCUCCCAAUGUUGUGAAUCUUUGAAUAGUUGUACGCUUUUCUAGUGCCGAACAAAUCUAGUUCCUGUGUUUUGUAGCAUUUUUGUAAUAAACAAGUUAAGAUGGUGCGGCUCCAACACACCGCCUCUGAAAUAAAAGAUGCGGUCUAUAAAUAAAUAUGACUGUGGAGGAAUAU